AGUUGUCAGGGUUUCAAGAACUGAUGGCGUCCAGGGAAAGGGUUUCCAAUCGUACUGGAGAAGGAAGCUUAACAGAAGGAAGCUUAGCAGAAUACAAAAGUGAAGACCGCACAUGCUCAACGGCCCUACGCUCAUACGCACGGUGUUGUCUUCUUCCUCUUAAAGGAUGUUUGACAAAGUCGAACUUGUAAUUCAUCAUGGUGGUGAUUUCUUUUACAACCCUGACUAUGUGUACAAGGGUGGUGCAGUAGAUACUAUUUCAAUUGAUCCAGAUUUAAUUUCAUACCCACAUCUGUUGAAGUUUCUGAAAUCUGGGAGCUAUGGGAAUAUCCACGGGAUUUAUUUUAAGAAAAUUGAGGACUCUAUGCAAAAUCUACACCAGCUUUUCAAUGAUGAAUCCACCUUGAACUUAAUUGAUAUGGCUACUUGUUAUGGAAAAUGUGAGAUAUUUGUUGAGCACGGGUUAGAUGAAGUUGAGUUAGUCGAGAUUGCCUCAUUACCUGAACUAGUUGGUGAAGAGCCACAAACUGAGAGGGAAGAGAAUGACAGAGAAGAUGGUAUGGAUGCUGAAGACAGUGUGCUAGGUGGUGAAGAAUCUGAUAAUGAAGAAGAAGGGGACGAUGAAGACACUUACAAGAAAAAAACUGUUCAAAAGCAAAGACAGCAGUAUAGUGGCACUGAUUCAGAUCAUACUAGCAUUGAAUAUGAUUCCGAUGAUCCAUCCAGCUUACUAUCUGAUCAUGACUCAGGAGAUGGAGUUGUGAAACAUAGAAGACAGAACUCCAUGUAUGCGUCUUAUAACCCGGAAUCAGACCCUCCUAAGAUUGAGUUGUGUAUGCUAUUUGAAAAUGGAAGGCAAUUCAAGAGUGCCAUGAUAAAAUAUGCUAUUCAUGAGAAAAAAGAUAUAAGGUUUGUCAAGAAUGAGCCUGAAAGAGUGCGUUUGAAGUGUGCCCCAAAUUGUCCAUUCAGGUGUACUGCUAGUUGGGAGAAGAUGCUAAGAUGUUAUCAAAUCAAGGUUUUGAAUGAGACUCACAUUUGUAAUACAAAGUUCAAGUUGAGACUUGUUAGCCAGAAAUGGGUUGAGGAGACUUAUGAAGAUAAAGUGCUCGAAAAUCCUUGUUUGGGUGCUGCAGAAUUAAAAGAUCUUAUAAAAGCACAACAUAAGAUCAAUGUUUCACUUAGUAUGGUAGCUAGAGCACUAAAAGGAAUACAAGAAAAAACUAAGAAUGCUUUCAAGGAUCAGUUUAGGAGAAUCAGGAAUUACGCAGAGGAAUGUUUGAAGUCAAUUCCCGAGAGUACGGUUGUGAUUAAAACUGAAAGAGUUGUUCCAGAUGGCCCUUGUAUUUUCCAGAGGGUUUACUUCUGUUUUGGAGCUGUGAAAAAGGGUUUUUUAGAAGGGUGCAGAAAGAUGAUUGCGGUCGAUGGGUGCUUCUUGAAAGGUCAAUUGAAGGGAGAAAUCUUGACAGCGGUUGGGAGGGAUGCCAACAAUCAAAUGUACCCAAUUGCUUGGGCUGUCGUUGAAAUUGAAAAUAACUCAUCGUGGACUUGGUUCCUGCAGCUUUUAAAGGAUGACUUGAAGAUUGAUAGGACUGACUUGUGGACCAUUAUAAGUGACCAACAGAAGGGCCUUUCAAAUGUCAUAGAUCAAGUACUUACUGGCAUUGAGCACAGAAACUGUGCUAGGCAUAUACAUGCUAAUUGGAGCAAAAAUCACAGAGGCCUGAUUCUUAAAAGACUAUUCUGGAAUAUAGCAAAAUCGACAUCCCAAGAAGAACUCCAACGAAAUAUACAAGAUCUGGAGAAAGUGGAUCCUGAAGUUAGAUGGCAAUCAAUCACCUGUGACUUCCUUUGUGUUGUUCCUUUGUGUUGUUUAUAUUGGUUAUAUGGCAAUCAAUCACCUGUGACAUACCUGGUUUACUUUUGGGUGCCGUUUUAAGUUAGACUCCCUCUUUGGCAGAACUAUUUUUUUCUUUCAAUUUGGACUUUACACGAAUUAUUUAAGUUACUAAUUGUUGCAGC